AUGAUGCGUUCUCAAAACUGUCGUCAAGUAUUGCAAGUCGAUUCCACGGUGCGUUCUGAAAUCAUCGAGCUAUCAGAAACUGACUCUAUAAAUGUGAGUCAAGAAGAGAAUUUUCCAGAUGGUGGUACGCGAGGAUGCUUUGUCGUACUAGGUUCCUUUUUUGGUCUAAUUGUAAUGCUUGGAUUAAUAAAUUCAGUUGGUGUAAUCCAAGCAUAUGUUUCAUCACACCAGUUAGUAGAUCUGGAUUCAAGUGCUGUAUCGUGGGUAUUUUCAGUCUACCUUUCUCUAGCCUACGCCUUUGGUAUAAUUGUAGGUCCAAUAUUUGAUAAAUAUGGAACAUUUAUGCUUCUUACAGUUUCUGCAUUACUAGUAUUUGGGGGUUUGAUGGCUAGUGCUAAUAGUAACACAAUUUGGCAGUUUAUUUUGAGUUAUAUAGUGCUAGGUGUUGGAAAUGGAAUUGGACUCACCCCACUCGUUGGAGUCAUCAAUCAUUGGUUUUUGAAGAAGAGAGGAUUAGCAACUGGCCUUGCAACGUGUGGGGGAUCUGUCGGGGGCUUAAUAUAUCCUUUGAUGUUACGGAAGCUCUAUAUUCAGGUCGGUUAUACUUGGGCUAUAAGAAUACUAGCGUUUUUUUGCUUAGGCUGCAUGACUAUAUCCACCUUUAUGGUGAAAGAGAGAAUAAAAAGAGAACCGACGACCUCACUAACAGAGGAACAAAAUUCAAAAUGGAAGGUCGUAGGCAAAAAAGCAUAUAGAUUUAGCAUUGCAAAAUUUAAAGACAAAAAAUAUUCCACUUUAAGCUUGGGAGCACUAUUUUGUGAAAUAUCACUCGUUCUCAGUGCAACAUAUUUUCCCAAUUAUGCAAUGGCACAAGGUCAAUCGAUUUCAACCUCCUAUUUGAUGUUGACAGUAUGGAAUUCGGCUGGAAUUUUGGGAAGGGGCGUUCCAUCCCUUCUAUCAGACUUUUGGGGUAGAUUUAAUGUCAAUAUUUUAAUGUUGCUCGGAUAUAACGCAUGUAUAUUUGUGCUAUGGUUGCCAUUAGGCAGUCGGCUUGACGUUUUGUUAGCAUAUGCUGCCUUGGGUGGAUUUUUUCUGGCAUCCAUACUUACUAUGGUCCCCGCCUGUUUGGCACAAAUUACGCCAGUCGAUCAGUUUGGAGAAAAGUAUGGUUUGAUGUUUGCAAUUCUAAGUUUAGGAAAUUUUGCUGGGCUUCCAAUAGGUGCUAGCAUUAUAAAUCAAGGUAGUAUACGCAACUAUGAUAUGUUUGUAGUAUUCAUUGGAUGCUUGUCACUGGUGGGCACUAUGUUUUGGGUAAUUUGUAGAAUUUUAAUCACUGGUUUCAAGUUACGCAUCAAGGUAUAA